GCUGUAGGAGCUGUCCACCAGCACGGUGCUGAAGUGCGUCCGGCUCCACUGUUUAUCAAGUAUCUAAGUGUCUCACAGUCUUCAAGGAUGCACUGGACAAUGACCACCCUGCCCUUGCCUCCAUAUGCUGAGUUGGGUGUCCAUUCACUGAGCGGCCUUCUGUGGACUGUGGCGCUCCUGUUUCUGUGGCACUGUUACCGUAUGGGUUCUGACCUGCCCAUCCCAGGACACACACAUGCUGGAAAGCUCAAGUCAGGCUCGAGGCGGUCCAUGAUGUCCCGUGGCGGUAGCUGUGCUGGAACGAAGUGCAGUGCGCGAUCCAAGCUGUCAAGGAGUGAUCAAAUUACUCCCUUUAUUUCCAUGGAAACAGAGGAGGAUGAGGAGCAGGGACAGGGCUACCUCACCUCGGUGCUGAGUCAUGCCUUGUUUCCAACCCAGGCAUCUGCAGAAGCCAAGAAACUGUACGCAGCGCUGCAAGAGUAUGCCAAACGCUACAGUUGGGUGGGCAUGGGUCGCAUUCACAAGGGCCUCCGUGAGCAGGUACGACUCAAUGAUCACUCUGCUAUACAGAAGCCUCAUCUCUUCUUCCUGCCAGAUGUUCCAAGUGUUCCUUUCUUCCCACGUGACGCUCAUCGACAUGACAUUGAGGUCUUGGAAGCCAACUACCCUGUAAUAUUGGCUGAAUUCCAGGCUGUUUAUCAGAGAGGCAUUGACUCAAAGCUGGGAUGGACCUGUCUGGGUCCAAAGGGCCAAGCAGUGUUUCCCUUGUAUAGUGCAGGUGUCUGUGUGGCUGGAAACUGUCGCUCUUGUCCCUGCACCUACAGGACUCUUCUGUCUCUACGUACAUUUAUAAGCAGCAACUCACUGGGAUCUGCUGGAUUUUGGCUUCUGGGGCCUGGGGCUACAUUAGGGAGCUCAUAUGGACCCACCAAUACCCGGCUCCGUUGUCAUUUGGGUCUGCAGACUCCGCCUCAGUGUGAGCUGGUGGUGGGAGGGGAACCACAGUGCUGGUCGGAAGGACACUGCCUUCUGGUUGAUGAUUCAUUCCUCUACACCGUCUCCCACAAAGGGCUUCCAGAUGCUGGACCCCGAGUCAUACUGAGUGUGGACCUCUGGCAUCCAAACGUGGCUGCAGCAGAGAGACAAGCUCUGGACUUCAUGUUCAGUCCUGACCUCUGAAUUUGCUCCUAUACUCCUAACAUACAGCAGGCAGGGGCGCCUUACUUUAGCCUUGCUUGUUGUGGUUCAUGCAACUCAUUCCAGUCAAAACAUCACUGUGUAGAUCUGCUCUAAGUAUUACACAAGCCAUCAGCCACACUUUGAAGUGGUGUUUGAUUUAUGGUCUACACCAGGAAGUGCCACAUGAGCAUUUAAUAAUGACCGAUGUUACAUAACUUGGUUACAAACAAGCUGAUGUCACUUGAGAGCACAAUGAAAUCUAAUCUUAGAGGGGCAGAUUGGUGUUACUUAUUGUAAAUCUUAGUAUCCUGACAUCAUAUACUACAGUGAAUGCUAUUUGCAUGCAAAACCUAUCUGUCACGAAAUGUGUUUGCUAAUGCAUGAGCACAUAUGCCUUCAGAGAGAAAAGACCAACAGAGUCUACAUGAGAGUCUUCAUUGGAAAAAUGAUUACGAUUAAACCAAAAAACUGUGAAAACAUGAAAGUACAAAUGGAGUUUUCAAUGUAUUUUUAUUUUACAGCUUUAAGACUUUUGCAUCCUGUAUUUUUCCUUCUUAUGACCAUAUAUGUAUGCUUAUAUGUUUCUAUAUCUAUUUUUCUCUGUAUUUUUUAUUUAAUGUUAUGUAAAAAAAAGGUUUGAUGGAGACUGAAAUGUGGCAAAACGCAGAUACAACAGUUUUUUUUUCAAACUCUGUUUCUCUUGGGAUCCAAAUCUAAAUAAAUACACUUUAAAAAGUACUGUUUUGUGCAUAAUUUAAUGUUAUAAAUAGAAUUAAAAUUACUUAAAACAUAAACAGCCAAGUAAAAAGAUCAAAACAUGACAGAUAUAAGAGUCAGAAGUGUAACAGGGAAUGGGAAACAUAAGUACACUUUUACUGAUGCAUUCUAAUAUAUAUACUGUAUGUAGAAGUAACUUUAUCAUAACCUAAUUUUCUUUUAAGGUUUCAUUCAUUUUAUUCUCUUUUGUUGGCUUAUCAUAGCUCUUUUUGGGUAACUUUUUAGAUGAGAAGUACAUGGGAAUUAGUGUGGUGAUUUUUGUCUUAUCUGCCAUCUGUUCCGCUGAGGGUCCCAUGAAGAGGAUUACAGAGACCGAACUAAUCCACCCCAGCGAAACAGAUUAUUCCUGAGAUUGUUUAUAUGCAGUUGUAUGUGUGGUUUCUCACUGAUGUAUGAUCCAUUCAGUGCUGGACAUAUAGUCUAUGAGCUGUGCAUGUGCAUGAUUUAAUAGGAAGGAGCAACAUGAUUUGAGCUUCAUCAGCAAAUAAACAACUCAAAAUAUAGUCUCAGAAUAAACACAUCUGUCCACUUCAUCACCAGAAAUUAAGGUUAAGUAUCUGUGUUACAUUAAUGCUUUUCAUUCUUUAAAUUAACACAACACUUAGAGGCAUGUAUAUUCUUUUUUCUUUUUUUCUGAUACCAUACAGCAUUUCCUCAUCUGUUUGUAAUCCUAACAUUAGGCUAUAUGGCUGUCAAAGAUUAUAACAAGAACAGUCAUUUGCGCGGAAAAAAAUAGCAAUUGUCACAUUUAGCAGUUUACAUGUUCUUUUGUUAUGCAAUGGCAUUAGUCAGCCUUGGAGGGAUUAUUUUAAGCAAAUGAAGCAAAAUGAACAAAGUGGUGGGGAAAUAAAGCUGUUGUUAUUUAUUUGUUUUUGGCAAUCUGCUUUUCUCAAAUAAUAUCAGUCAUACCUUAAAUAUUGCGUGAUAUAUUCACAAGGAUUCAUCUUUACAAACGUAUGCACCAGUACAAUACGGAUUAGAUUUAGUGGAAAGUGCAUCUGUCCGAUCUGCUGCUAUCUCCCAUCCCAUGAGAAAUACCAGCGCCUUGAUGAAUAUGCAAGGUAUUUUAAAGGCAAAUUUAGAUAAACAGGACAUGUGAUCUGAUUGCUGUUUAAAAUAUCACUCUUACCAAAUGUUUGACACCAAGACAUGAUAUUUUUGACCACACCAGUGAAAGAUAAAGCAGAUGGUGAGCACCCUUUACACCUUGAAGAGACAGACGCAUGAAAGGUGAUGAAAUGGCAGCAGAGGACAAACAGUCCUGUUGACAUUUUGUGCUCCGGGUGUCACUACAGA